AUGCAUCCUGUGUGGCUAUUGGUGGCCGUGACUGUGGUGGGUGUGGUCAGUGGAGACGACAACCAAUGCUGGGAGCAUCCGAGCUGCCAGGAGGUCAACGAUGAGAGAAGCAUGAUGGAGUGCAUCCAGCUCUGCCGGCCUGACCUCCCCCCCGAGGCCUCCUCCCCCUCCUCCGCCCCCCCGGCCAAGCGCUCCUACUCCAUGGAGCACUUCCGCUGGGGGAAGCCCGUCGGACGGAAGCGUCGCCCGGUCAAGGUCUACGCCUCCGAUGGCGUGGAGGAGGAGUCGGCCGAGGUGUUCCCCGAUGAGAUGCUGAGGCGGGAGCUCCCGGCAGCAGAGGACCAGGAGACGCAAGAGAAGAAGCUCCAUGACGUCCACCAGAAGAAAGACAGCACCUACAAGAUGAAGCACUUCCGCUGGAGCGGCCCGCCGGAGAGCAAACGCUACGGCGGCUUCGUGAAGAGCUGGGACGAUCGCCACCAGGGGCCGCUACUCACACUCUUCCAAAACGAGAUCAUGGACGAAGAUCAGGAGACAACGGGGGAACAGGGGGGGGAGAUCGGAGCAAAGAGAUAG